AUGGUUGCAUAUGGUUCCCACUACUUUGUAUUCAGAACCAACUUAUCACGUACCGAGCAGAUCCUAUACGAGGUAUACGUUUGUAUUGUAUGGUUAUCAUACUAUUUAGCUAUUGUUGUUGACCCAGGAUCCCCGCCUAAAAACUUUACACCUAAAGCUGGAGAAUGGAGAAGAUGGUGUAAGAAAUGCCAAAAUUAUAAGCCAGAGAGGUCACAUCAUUGCAAAACUUGCAAUAAAUGUGUGUUGAAAAUGGAUCAUCAUUGUCCAUGGACGUAUAAUUGCGUGGGGCACAAUAACCUUCCACAUUUCUUACGGUUUGUAUUCUUUUUGAUAGUGGGUAUGACCUAUGUUCUUUUCCAAUUGGGUAAACAAGUACUUCAUUAUUAUGAUAGUAGUAAGUUACCGUCCUACUUAAUAGACAAGAAGGAAAUGUGUGCGGUGAUAUUUUUACUUCCAGUUACAUUUUUUGUAUUUGUUUCCAUCAUUAUUUUAUUCGUUCGUUGUAUGAUCAACUUGUUGUUCAGAGGAAUGACGCAGAUAGAAGUAUGGGAAAUGGAGAGAAUAGGAUCCCAGUUCCAUACCGAAAGGUUGUGGUUGCAAAUACGUAAAAACUACUUCAAGUUGCAUGGAAAAGAAAUGCCUCAUUUAGUAUCCUGGAACAGGACAACCAGAUACUACGAGGUGGAUGAGAAUUCUAAUAAUGACAAUUCAAAUGAGAACAACAUAGUCCCUAAGGAUUUCACAUCUGAUGAUAUCGUUUUCCCCUAUGACUUAGGCGUGCUGUCGAAUAUGAUUAAUGCAUGUGACUACCCAUGGAUGUGGCUACUCCCAUGGGGUGGUCCCAGAGAAAACGGCUACCAUUUCCAAAAAAACGAAUUCAUGGAAGAUGACCAAUUGGGCUUACCAUGGCCUCCUGACGGGGGCCACCAGGAACCAAUGGCUCCAGUGGACGAUGAUUUUGAUAUAUCUGACUCCGAGCUUCAGGAUAUGCCUAGCUUAAGAAGACGUCUCGACCCCAGAAACAACAUGACGAGGUCCGAAUGGAUGAACGAUCUAGGCGAAACCUUGGAUGAUUUUGGCGUUGAUUUAGAUGCUGAAGACAUAGAACAUGAUGAUUUAGUUUCAAAAGAUGAGAUUUCCAAUAAUUAG